AUGUGUGGGGCGAGCGGCGCACCCCUCCGAGAUGGCACCGUAAGGCCAUGUCUCGCCUCUCCGCGAGGAGAAAGUUCUGACAGCUUGGGUGUUCGUACCGUUCACUCCGCUGCAAGAAGGCCACAACGGGAUAGGCGAACGCGCUGGACUAACGAUGAUAACUGUAUGGUGAUGCGUUCCCACUAUAUAGCUUUGAACCUUGUUGAGACUCGCAACAUCACAUACAGGAACUUACUCUUGGAGACAUGGAAGGAAAUUUGCCCCGACCGACCGGCAUAUGCUCAAUUACUGUCUAACAGGGUUCGCUGGAUCCUUGACAAGCAAAAACUUUCUCGUGCUGAGCUGGAAUGUAUCAAAAACAGCUGCUUUCCCACCACCGCGGAGCGAGACAUUGCCAAUUCACCAGAGGAAUCCAGAAGAUCAUCGACAGGGAUAAGAAGAAGUGGCAUUUUUCUUAGACAACCUGAGGAAGACAUGACCGAGAAAUCCUUCUUUACCAACUUGGUGAGGUACUCUGGAGUUGCGGCGGAAAGGAGACCAAAAAUCCCGCGAUUGAGAUACUCCAAGACAACACGAGACCUCGUGGCAAGGGUGAACAUAAUUAUAUCGAGACAUCUGGCAAACGUGGAGACACUUGAGGGACUGGUGGAUACGGUGUACGUAACUGUGGCUGAGGCAUUCGGGCACCGGAUUGAACAUCAUCAAGGUACAUCAAGACCACUCACAACUGCCCCUUGGAAACUGCGCCUAGAAAAAAAGAUCACAUCUUUAAGGAAAAAGAUUGGGAUAGUUAAUACCUACCUGAAUUCGGCAACGCCAACUGCUAAAGUCAUUAAAGCUGUUGGGAAGGUAGCUUCUGAAUGUCAGAUUAAGCGCAAGGAGCUCACCUUCAAGAACAAGUUGUCUGUUGUUUCCGAUCACCUGAAACAAAAAAUUAAGGCGCUAGGAAAUCGCAUCAGAAGGUAUAACGAGAGGACCAAACGCUACAAGAACAACAACCUCUUUUAUAAAAAUCAGAAGCAGUUCUUUCGAGCACUGGAGACAGCAGAUGAGAGGGAAGAGGUAAAACUCGAACCUGAGGCAGCGCGCGACUUCUGGGCGGAGGUUUGGUCGAGGGAGAGUACUCACGACGAGAGUGCAUAUUGGAUAGAGGAGGCACAGCAGAAGAUCCCUAAUGAGCUUAUGGAGGAAGUACAGGUGCAGAAAUCGGACAUUGUCGAGACACUCAAAAGAUCUAACAACUGGGCUGCACCAGGUCCAGAUAAACUCCACAACUACUGGUGGAAGUACUUCAAUAGUGUUCACGAUAAACUGACACUUCUUAUACAGGAUGCCCUCAAUAACCCUGCAUCAAUACCUGGUUUCCUUACACUGGGAGUCACAUAUCUCAUCCCAAAGAACGGUGACAGAAAGGACCCAAAAAACUACCGACCGAUCACUUGCCUCUCGUCGUUGUAUAAGAUCAUCACCGGAAUCAUAACGAGAUACCUCAGCAAACACAUCAGAGAUCAUAACCUGAUGACUGAAGAGCAGGGUGGAUGCCGAGGAGGAACGAAAGGAUGCAAGGAGCUUCUGAUAAUCUACCAUAUUACCACCAAGCAGGCGCGAAAGAAGCUUAGGAAUAUCUCAGUUGCCUGGGUGGAUUAUAGGAAAGCCUUUGACUCCAUCCCACAUACAUGGCUUCUGAAGGUGCUGGAAAUGCAUGGAGUAGCUGGACACGUGAUCGAACUGCUGAGGAACCUCAUGAAAACCUGGAGGACCUCCCUGAACGUUAACGUGGGAGGAAGCGUGACAGAAUCGCCAAUAAUAAAGAUCAGGAGGGGCAUUUUUCAGGGUGACACGCUGAGCCCUAUCUGGUUCUGUUUGGCGCUCAAUCCCCUUAGCAUUAUUCUGAAGAACACAAAGUAUGGAUACGUUGUCAAUAAGAACAGACACAUUGCUAUCUCACAUCGCAUGUUCAUGGAUGACCUGAAACUUUAUGGAGCCAAUCCAGAACAACUGAGAAGAAUGCUGAAAGUGGUUGCAGCUUUUAGCGAAUCAGUGGGUAUGGAGAUGGGGGUCGAUAAGUGUGCAGUUCUUGAUGUUCGGAGAGGAAAGAUUGAUGACACUAUGGAGGGGGCAAUACUUAACAACAGUGUCACAAUACCGACUCUGAGCAAAGAAGUCCCUUACAAAUACCUGGGAAUGAACCAGGCCUUGGAAAUAAAAACUCCCGAAAUGAAACAAUCCUUCAGAGAGAAGCUCCUCUCCAGAAUUGCAAUGCUCCUCAAGGCAAAACUCAACUCAAAGUCCCUAUUCACAGCUAUCAACAUCUGGGCCAUCCCAAGCAUGACCUAUUCAUUUGGUGUACUCAAUUGGUCAACAACUGAGCUCCGAGCACUGGAUCGGGAUGUCAGAUCAAUGCUGACUAAAUAUGGAGUUCACCACCCCCACUCCUCAACAAUUAGGCUGUACCUCCCACGACACCAAGGAGGGAGAGGACUGAUGAGCUUGGAGGAAGCUCACGCAAGAAAUGUCAGUGACCCGAGACAACACUUUCUUAAGAACAACUCACCUCUCUUCAAAGCAAUAUGUGAAGCUGCUGAUGGAGUGUCUGCUCUGAGGCUUGCUGAACCGGGAUACCAGCUUCCCCAACCCUCUGCAGAGGAACGCAUCCUGGAGUGGAACGGCAAGGCCUUACACGGCACAUAUCCAACCCACCUGCAAAGUAAAGAUGUAGAAAGAUCCGAAUCGCUUACUUACUUGCGUGCGGGAUAUCUUUUUCCGGAAACAGAGGAAAGACUUCUGGCGAUACAAGACUAG